AUGUUCAUCCAGGAGAUGCCGCAGUCGAGGGAGCCGCUCCCACCCGAGUCGAAGAAGGGCGGCAAAGCCAAGUGCUCCACCGACAACAGCAGGGAUACGAAUCUGACCAACGACCCAACCGCGCCCCGGCCCAAGAGCAAAGACACCAAAGAGACGAGGACCAAGGACAAGACGGAGAAGCUGAAGCCCCCACCAGCCAAAUCGGCUCGAGCACCCGCCGCGCCCACGCUGCGCAAGACGGCCGCGGCGGCCGCAGCCGCCGCUGCAGGAACCCCCACCCCGCCGGUUUCUGGACGCCAACGAGCACCAUCCUUACAGGCACAGGCGACAAUGAAUAAUAGUCACAAAGAAACCGUGGUGACGCCGCUGCGACUAUCGAAGGAGAAAGCGGGCGACGAGGUGACGCAGUUCACGGUGGAGAUGACAUGCGAAGACGGCUCGGAUCGGGCGGCCGUU